CCCUCCUCUCUGGGCCUGGCCCUGCUGGCUGGGAACAGGUUGUCCUGGGGUGGGAGAGGUAAGGGAGCAGGGUCAUGUUCUAACCACCCCCGACGCCAGCAUAGCCGCUGGCUGUGUGACCUUGAGCAGAUCAUUUCUCCUUUCUGAGCCUCAGUUCCUGUCUGUAAGAUGCAUAUGAUAAUAUACAGCUGUACAUAAAAAAAUACAGUGGCUUAAACAAACUAGGGGUGAUACUUGCAGAAAAGGAGCCAGGGGUCAGCAGCUCCCUGAAGUGUCAGCGACCCCAUGUCUUCUCCUGCUGCUCCACCAUCCUUGGUGUACAGCUUUUGUCUUUGUCAUCACAGGUGGCUUCUGUACCUCCAGGCAUCAGGCCCGCCCUCCAGGAAGGAACAGGUGGAAAGGACCAAAGCCCUCCUCAGAGGUUGUUUUUCUGAGAGGGACACCUUGCCCCCAAAUCCUGCCAGUUCUUGCUGGCCAGAACUGGGUCAUGUGAAUAACUCUAGCUGCAGGGCCAGUUAGUGUCUUCCCCAGAACAGCACCACCCCAGACAAAAUGGGGGUUCCGCUAGGAAGAAAGCAAGAUGAGUAUUGGGAAGCAGCCUGCAGUGUUUACCAUCAUGCACUUCUCAGGGCAGCCCUUUGAGAGUGGCAGAGGUGGAACUGGCUUGGAAGGCGAAAUGUUACGAAUGCAGCAUAUGCCAAGUUGUAGUCUUGGGUGAGGUGAACUCGGACUCACAAAGCAGGAUCAUGUUGGAGAAGCAGGUGUAGGGGAGCUGUGGGUUCUUGAAGACCAGGAAGCAAGCGCUGUCAUGGUAGGCCUUGUCCUGCUUCCCCAGCAUUGAAAUACAAGUGGGAGGUUGGGGCGUGUGGGGAACCAGCGUAGGCUCUGGAUUUGGUCUCAUCCUGUCUGGAGCCUCCAUUUCCUUUCUUUAAAGUGGAGCUAAUAACUCGGAAGCUUCAGUGACUUGAUAUCUACAGACCGCCUGUGCAUCCUAGUUGGCCAAUAACUGAUACCUCCUAUUGUUAGAGCUUUGAUCUGACUUAAGGCCAGGAGAUGCCUGGCCUGCGGCCCCCAUGGCUGGAGCACCUCCUAGGAGGGCUCAGUGGAGAGGAUGUCAUUUGUAUGAAGCGAUGUCCAGAGCCACCGAAACAGCCGCUCUUAGAUUUCCGUCGUGACACACGUGAUGGGUAACACUCAUGUGCAGGACCCAUGCCCCAGCAUCCUGGCUGUAACACCACCCCAGAUACUGGGGGACAUAGGAGUAAAGUGUUAAUUUACAUUUUGAAAACCAUAUAAUUGGCAACUUUAAUCUUUUCUAUUAGUAACAGAUUUUGUAACACAUCUUGUAACUGCAGCCCAUGGAGGUGAUCCCAACCCCAGGGCUGAGAAUUGCUCCCAGCGAAGGGUCUUCUUCCCCACAACGAGGGUUGUUGCCCCGGGGUGAACAGUGGGGCUACAGUUAGGUCCCCUCUGCAAAUAGCCAGGCUUUCCAAGGCAGGAAUAGCUGAGAAACAUGCAUCAUAGCAUAUUUUUUUUCUAAUUUUAGUGUGUGUAUAUAUAUAUAUAUAUAUAUAUAUAUACACAUAUACAUACACACACAUACAUAUAUAUAUAUACACAUACAUAUAUAUUUUUUUUUUACAAAGAGCUAGUGGCUAAAAAUGUAUACGUGUUAAAUUUUAUAUCAGGGAAAAAUACUCAUGAAAGCAAAAUGAAAAGAAUGUAAAAUAGUUACUUCCUUUCUAAUCCUCAAUCCUUACUAGUUUAGCUAAUCUUGGUUCCCCCACUCCUACCACCCCUUGCCAAGCAGAGAGGAGACCUGCGUGACUUGGCUUGAGUUGACCUAGGGGCCAUGAGGUGAGUACAUAGAAGAAAACCACUUCUCAUUCCACUUCUAUCACCACUUUCUCUUUGACAGCUUACAACUUACAAGUACUUUUUCCUCAGUAAACACUAUACAGCUUCCAUGGAACUUUUAAAACUGCCUCCAGCUUGGCUGCUUCAGCAAAUGGGCCUCACCAGGGCCUGCCUUUUCCAGGCUCAUAAAGGGGCAUUGCCCCUCCCUAGACCUGCUGGUCACUCUCCCCUCAAGGAGCAGAGUUGGAUGGCAACAAGGCCUGAGUCUCGUGAGAUACAUGCCCAGGUUUUAAGCCAAGAUCCAAGGUUUCUUUAUGAGCAAAACAACGAGCAGCCAGGACGCUGAGAGUAGAGCUGGUUGGGCCAUAGUCUGUUGUGGAUUUGGGGCAUUCUCCUUCCCGCUGAAAGCCUGGCCCUCCCUCCCCCACUGGCACCUGACUGCCCUCUGGGUGGAAAUUCCUUCCCCUUUGCCCUGGUAGGGCACCAUGUCAGUGCCGCCCUGUGCCGGGAGCAGUGCACGUCCAGCCUGCUGCCACCCCAGAGUACUGCAGUGGACAGGUCCCUGCCCAGAUCUGGCAGGUGUUCAUGUGUGUGCUCCCAUGUGCCCCCGGAGGUGAAAGUGUGAACAUGUGCCUGGGCUGGUGCCCUAGUAUGUGUGAGUACCCGCAAGGCACAAGUGUGUCUCCACGUAUGUGGGCAUGCAGGUGCGAAUGGACUGGGAAUUGACAUCCCAGGAAGUGUGCGUGCAUGUAGUGCACACCCACAUGGACACAGUGGGGAUGAGGAGUGAGAGUGCCAGGGCAUGUAUGGAGACAGCUGUGCCUGUGCGUUUCUGCCCUCCCUGUCCCCAGGCUGUGAGGGAUCUCAGCUCUAGAGAGGAGAGCUUCUGCUUCCACUUGGGAGAUGUUUCCUCCUCUGUGGGGGCGCUCCAUGAAAUACACGCUGUGCAGUGACAACCAUGGCAUCAAGCCCCCGACCCCGGAGCAGUACCUGACCCCCCUGCAGCAGAAGGAGGUGUGCAUCCGGCACCUGAAAGCCCGGCUGAAGGACACGCAGGACCGGCUCCAGGACCGGGACACAGAGAUUGAUGACCUGAAGACGCAGCUGUCACGCAUGCAGGAGGACUGGAUUGAGGAGGAGUGCCACCGCGUGGAGGCCCAGCUGGCCCUGAAGGAGGCCCGAAAGGAGAUCAAGCAGCUCAAGCAGGUCAUCGACACUGUCAAGAACAACCUGAUUGACAAGGACAAGGGGCUGCAGAAGUACUUCGUGGACAUCAACAUCCAGAACAAGAAGCUGGAGACGCUGCUGCACAGCAUGGAGGUGGCCCAGAAUGGCAUGGCCAAGGAGGAUGGCACCGGGGAGUCAGCCGGUGGGUCCCCUGCCCGCUCCCUCACCCGCAGCUCCACCUACACCAAGCUGAGUGACCCAGCCGUCUGUGGUGACCGCCAGCCGGGUGAUCCCUCCAGCGGCUCUGCUGAGGAUGGGGCAGACAGUGGCUUUGCAGCAGCCGAUGACACACUGAGCCGGACGGACGUGCUGGAGGCCAGCAGCCUGCUGUCGUCGGGGGUGGACUGUGGCACCGAGGAGACCUCGCUGCACAGCUCCUUCGGCCUGGGCCCCCGCUUCCCCGCCAGCAACACCUAUGAGAAGCUGCUGUGUGGCAUGGAGGCUGGUGUGCAGGCCAGCUGCAUGCAGGAGCGUGCCAUCCAGACAGACUUCGUGCAGUACCAGCCUGACCUUGACACCAUCCUGGAGAAAGUGAACCAGGCCCAGGUCUGUGGGACAGACCCUGAGUCAGGGGACAGGUGCCCAGAGCUGGAUGCCCACCCUCCAGGGCCCAGAGACCCCAACUCAGCAGUGGUGGUGACAGUGGGUGACGAGCUAGAGGCCCCAGAGCCCAUCACCCGCGGACCCACCCCACAGCGGCCUGGUGCCAACCCCAACCCUGGCCAGUCGGUGAGCGUGGUGUGCCCCAUGGAGGAGGAGGAGGAGGAGGCUGCCGUGGCUGAGAAGGAGCCCAAGAGCUACUGGAGCCGCCACUACAUCGUGGAUCUGCUGGCUGUGGUGGUGCCAGCUGUGCCUACGGUGGCCUGGCUUUGCCGCUCCCAGCGGCGCCAAGGCCAGCCCAUCUACAACAUCAGCUCCCUGCUGCGGGGCUGCUGCACUGUGGCCUUGCACUCCAUCCGCAGGAUCAGCUGCCGCUCGCUGAGCCAGCCGAGUCCCAGCUCAGCGGGCGGCGGCUCCCAGCUCUGAGGGAGCCCAUUCCAGCAGCGGCGCCUGCAGCCUGACCACUGAUUGUAGGGAUGCCGUUCCCCCCUCCCUUCUCCCAUGGGCAUCGUCUUAUUUAUUUAGUUUUGGGUGUGGAACUGUUUUUUUUUUCAAGGUGUUAAAACAGUCUCGUGGCAGGAGCAGGGGUUGGAGAAAGACAUCCCAAAGCUUCGAUGGAGAGCAGGGAAGGGGGACCCAAGGCAGGAGGCACACCAGCUGGACAAAUUGCAGGGAGGGGAGGGAGCGAGGGCCAACCCGGCCCCUCUCUCCCCCUGGCCCUUCAGACAGGGCCAGCCCUGCUCAGGGAGUCUCUGGCUGUCUUCAUCUGGGGAAGCCCGGCUUGAGUUGUCCACAGGCCCCUGCCCUGCACUGUCCUGUCCAGUGCCCUGCUCACUCCAUGCUGUCUCUUCCAAGCCACCUUGCCCACAGCCCAGGCUCCUGAGCCAGCACUCUCUCCUCAAAUGGAGGCAGCAAUGGCCUGAAGUGCAGAUCACUGACCUAGGGCUCAGAGCAGAAGCCAGAACCACUGGGCCGGCCGGCGUUCCAGCCUCCCCAGACUGCUCCCCACCUUGGGACUCAGGAGCUCGGUCAAGGUCACAGGCUGGAGGAGAGACGGGGCUGGGCGCAAGGUGGCAGAGGGCAGUAUGGGUUCUGUGUCUGUCUGUUCAUCCCAGGCCUUCCCGUCAUCCCUUUCCUCUUGGCACUUCUGGGUGUGUCAGUCAUUAUUCCUGUGAGGCAGCUAAGCCCGGCAAGCUCAGUGCUGGGGUAGGAGGGCCUGCCUGAGUCCCAGCUCCCAUCUGGAGAAUCCACCAGAACAAAAAGAGGAGGUAGGGGCAGAAGCCCAAGGGGGCUCCCCCAGCCUUCCAAGGUGAGGCCAUCUCAUCUGCAGGCUGGGAGGCAGGGCUGGACUCAGGAACCCACAGCUUGUUGAAAAAGCCAGAGGCCAAGACUGCCCCCAGAAACUUGCCCCGAGUUUCUCUGGGGCCCUUGGGCCCAACUUCUGCUUUGCACUAUGUUCACUUUGGGGUUGGUUCUCAGUCAUCCAAGGGUCUCCAGUGAGGUUGUUGCUUGCUGUCUGAGAUGAGGGUUCCUAAACCUUAAACCUCUCUGCCUCUGGAGGAGGGUGGGGGAUUCUGGCAGGAUGAAUCGCAGGAUGGCGCGUACUGAAGCCACGAUGUUCGUCCAGGCCAAAGCGGGGUGUCCUGGGAUAGGUUUCCCAGACAGGGGCAUGGCAGAGCAGGCAGAUGCCCUGCAGCCUCCCUGCUCCCAGCCCAAGGCCAGUCGGCCUGGGAAGUUCACUGCCCCAACUCUUUUCCCGGGACCAUACUGAGUCCCCCAGCCACGCUGCUGACAUUCUUAUUACCAUUAUUAUUUUACCAAGUAAACUCACUCCUCUUCCCCCACAGGGGUUAACCCAUGUGGUUGUCCCACCCACUCUUCAGAGGCUAGGCCCCACAUCUUGAGGGUUGGAGGGACUAUGUGUCUUACUCGCCCCUCUGGCCUAAGGGCCACACUGGUUCUCUGCCAAGGUUGCUUGCCCUCACCCCAAUGCUCCAACAGCCAUUGCCUGACUCAUGGGCUCUGCCCUUCUGCUUGGUGCCCUCCACAUGAGGCGGGGCACCUGCAUGCACUGGGAGGGGUCGGCUGGCCCAGCCCUCGGGGCAGGAGCCCCCUCUGCCACACGCUUUGUGCCUCCAAAGCUCCCCCUGCCUUGGUCAGGGCCUCAGACCAGCCAACCUUUGUGGAAUAUGCCCCAGCCCAGCCAAACCAAACCCAGAUGCCUGAGGCCUGGCUGGGGCUGUCCGCGCAGGACACUGUGGCCAUGCCACGGAGGGGGCAGUGGACAAAACCAAUCCAAAGCCAAGCCGGGACUGGCUGCGGACCCAGCCUCCUGUGCCGCGCACUCAUGGAGCUGCGUAGUCCUCCUUAGACAUAGUCAAAGCUUUGCCGAGAAAAGAAAUCUAUGAACUAUAUUUGACAACAUAAAAUCUCUCUAUUUUUCACCACUGGAAUUUAGUCAAGCUUCAAGCCCCCCUGCUCCUGUCUGUGUCUUGCGUCUGUGGCCUUCCUAUCGUGUCUUGUGUUUUGGUGGAUGUGACAGGGCUGGGGCCACAGUCUACUCUGUCUCUGCUGCUAGAGAAGCCACCUGUGGAGGAGUGGACUGUGGUUGGGCCUGAGGCCUGGGGAGGAGGUGAGUGUAGCCAGCAGCAGCCCUCUACUCCUGUUCUGGCCUGAGACCACCGGUGUGGGUCAUGAGGGCCCUGGCCCACAGUGUUGAGGGUCCUCUCUUUCAGGGGUUCUCCUGGGGCCUUCGAUGGGCUUUUCUUCUUGUCAGUGGAGGGAGCAGCUCCCCACUCAGCCCUGGGACAGGCCCUGGGACUGUGGCGGCUGGUGGCCUUGGUCCAGCUCUGGAGUGCGUGUGUGUGUGCUCAGAUCCCGCAUCUAUGCAAAGGUGCAGGCUGCCUGUGCGGUUCCAGGUGGUGGAGGUGCGGCAGCUGCUGCUCAGGUGCCAUGCCCUGAAGAGGUAGGGUACAGAUGGGGCUGGGAGGGCAAAGAUGGGGCAGGGCCUCCCCCUGAGAGAGCCUCACCCUCCACAGUGACCCUUUUCCUUCCUGCCUAAUACCUCCUCCCGUUGGGCUGCGUCCUUUUCCUCCUGCCCUCAGCCUCUGAAACAGAAAUCUUUGGGGCCUCCCCUUUCCCCAGCGUCUGGCCAGAGCUGAUGAGGUCCUGAGGAACAGAGUUCCCAGGAACCACAUUCUGGAGCCUAGCUGCCAGACGUGGCUUCUUCUGAGUUCUAAGGCUCGGGCCAGAGUGACCCUACUGCCCGGCCAGUCCAGGUUCAGGCAGGAAUCAGACGCUGGGGCCCGGGCUCUGCAUAGAGAGCUGGGCUUGAGUGGAGUUUAUUGUAGAUUUCUCCCAAGGGGAUCACUUAGCUUCUCACUGACACACCCUUCCCAGUUGCCACAAGCGCAGGCUAUCUUACAGCACUUUGGGGAGGGGUGGGACAAACUGCAAGGUUCUGGGGCCAAGGCCUACCCAGGGGCCUCUGCCCAGAGAACUCACAACCCCCUCUCUGACCUAGGGGACAAUGCCAACGGGUCACAGUGCACUCCCAUAUUAGGCCAUCCCCUUCACGAAGAAUUCAGGGGAUGUGGGAAGUGGGGAGGUGGGGAGGGAUCUUGACUCUUGUCUCCUUUGUCCUUUUGUUCAGACAGAGUUUUACCUGCAGCAGACAACUCUGAAUUAAAGCAUGAAAACACAGCAA